AGGCACACUUGCAUGGGGAAAACUGUAAGCUCAUUCUCACAGGGUAGAGAAAAGUAUCGUCCUGAUUUCUAGCAAAAAUGUACGUGUCAGUUAAACGUAAUCAGUUUAAACUUUCAGAAUAAAGAAAGACGCAACACAAACCUAACACGGUAGUCAGUUUUCUGAUAGAGUUUAAGCUGUUCAGCGUGCUGACCUGCCAUUUGAAACUGGUAUCUCCGUGAAGACAAGUGGUUCCAAAUAACGAAAUUUUUUUUUAAACCAAGUUUAAUAGAUUCGUUUAUAAUCACUGAAUUUGCUAUACGUCAAAAUGUGGGUAUGUCAAAUGUUCCUAGUAAUUAUGAUAAUCGUGGCUGCCACAGGUGGUGUUCCGAUCGAACCUGAUCAGGACGAGACAGUCCCGCCAAUGACUGAAUUUUCGAAUAAGGGUACAAUUGAACCUAUUAGAGAACUCACGAAGAAAGAUACCAAGAAAUUAGAUAAAAAAGCUAAGUGGGGAGAUACGAGUCUUCAGUAUCAUAGUGGUGAUUCUGAGGGAAAGUUUGUGUUUGGGUACCAUGCAAACCACAAGGACGGCGGGUCUUUCCGGAGGGAAAGCUCUGACGCUGACGGCAAUGUUAUUGGUUCUUACGGGCUUAGAGCUGCUGACGGGCGGAUCCGGAUCGUUAAUUACUUUGCCAAUGACCGAGGUUUCAACGCUGAAAUAAACACCAAUGAACAAGGCGUAGAUUUAGCCAGUGCUGCUAAUACACUAGUGGUUAAAGGACAUACAGUAGGUGGACCCGCUGAAAUCGGAACUUUCAUCCCUGGAGCGAAAACUGUUAUCCUCUUUUAUAGCAACGUUCCACCUUUUCUGGAAGCGUUAGGCACUCCGGAUUCUGAAGAGACCAAUCUAUAACACUCAUGUUAAAGCUUAAGCUGAAGAAAAUGUAUUUAUUUUUCUACCUGUUCUUACUGGAUUUCUGGAGAAAAGUAAAUGCCAAUCCUAAACAGGAUUUGAAAUGGGGUAUAUGCUUAAACUUAAUUAAUUGUAGUAACAUUACAUAGUGUACUUUGAAAAUAAUAACAAUAUUAACUUUACAACUUAAUGUUAAUUGAUUAGAUAAAAAAAAUCAAAGUGUAAAUACUAACUACGUAUACAUAUCAUUAUAACUGCAUCUUUCAGUAGAAGGAAACAGGAAAUCUCCUGAAAAGAAAUUAAUUCAUGUCACAAAACAGAUUCUUUUCUAACAGUAUACGAUGAGAAAAAUAUUGGAAAGUAUAAAAAACUCUUUAACCCAACUUCGUUAUAUGAUAUUUGGACAUGGUGGGUGGGUGUUGUCAAAAACCCUGACACAACUGGGAAUUUAACUUACUUGACAGAACUUCCAGUAAAGACAAAAGUUAGUAAGAUUCCGAGAAUCCAAGGUAUGACACCCAGUACUUGGUACAAUGUACGCAUUAGUCAAUGAAUAAAAAUGAAAGCAAAAAUAUCGAGGUGUAUUAAACCAGAAACACAAGGAGAGGUAAAUAAUAAUCGGAUUAUUAAAAAUAAUAUUCGACAAUCAUUAGGCUUCACAACCCUUUCUCAAAUAAUGUACACAACCUGAGAGAUCGCUGUUUGAUAAAUGAAAGUUUUGUAAUCUUAACACAAUUUUAAACUGACUUAUAUAUAUUUAUAUUAUUUUGAAUUGGUUUAGACUGUUCACCUAAGUAUUGUUAUAAACUGUUUUAUGAUUACAAGAGGAGGUUGCUAUAGCAACAAAGAGAAACUUAUAGCUGUAUAGUGACAAAAGAGGUCUGCAAUUGUGAUGAUAUUCAGAAGCAUGACUGGUUGAAUGGUAAAGUUCGUAUAAUUCAGCAAAUUCAAGGGCAAACUUUAUGAAAACGACCAUAAGAUUUCAAGGAAAAACUAAAGCAUGACUAAACGUGGUUAAAUGGUAAAAUUUAUAUAAUUCAGCAAAUUCAGGGUCAAACAUUACGAAAACGACCAUAAGACUUAAAGCUAAAAACAAAAUAAAAACACUGGGAGUGGUAUAGAGUACUUCCCAAGAAUGUGGUCUUUUUCAUAUUGUUGUUAUCUUUACGUCAAUUAGCAUCAAAUGAGUUGAACAAAAAUGAAAGCCGAAUUUCAAUCUUAUUUCAAUAAAUAAUGUAAUAAGUAUCAAGAAUAGCGUUUAAUAUCGCAUGGCCUUUUUUAUUAGUUACGAAAGCAGUUAAAUUUCUCUUACUUUUUACGUCAUUGUUUCUCUGAUAAUUUUGUAUUCUCUAGUAAAAAGGUGAACCAGACUUCACAAAAAAACCAGCAACAUUAAAAAUCAGUAUUUUUGAAUUAAACUUGUAAGUACGUCUAUAAUACAGAUAAAAUCUCCUAUGUCAUGAAACCAAUCUAACUAUAUUUUAGGUAGUUUUAGAAUUGUUUCCAACUAUGUUACUUUUUUUUUAUGUGGAUUUUCGACA